UGUUUACAAUAAUAUGGAAUCUCUAAAAUGCUGUUACAUAUGGGAUGAAAAUUUAAUUGAACAAUGUGAUCGACUUCCAGCAGUUUUAGGCCGGGCUUCUUUAGUUCACAGUCUCUUGGUAGCUUAUGGCCUCCACAAAAAUGUUAAUGUAGUGAAGUCUUCACCGGCUUCUUAUGAUGAUCUUAGAAAGUUUCAUUCAGACUUGUAUUUGGAUCAUUUGAAAAGGUUUGCUGAGGUAAAUGAGGAUUAUAUAUCAACAUCACAAGAUGAAGAAUACGGCAUUGGUUAUGACUGUGCUCCGGUCUCUAACAUGUAUGAUCUGGUGUCAGCGGUGGCAGGCGGGUCUAUAACAGCUGCUAAAUGUUUGUUGCUAGGAAUUGCUGAUGUAGCCAUCAAUUGGUGUGGUGGAUGGCAUCAUGCACAGAGGUUUGGUGCUGAAGGAUUCUGCUAUGUCAAUGAUAUUGUCUUAGCAAUUGAAACUUUGAAAUUAAAGUUUUCUAAAAUAUUAUACAUUGAUUUGGACAUACAUCAUGGCAAUGGUGUACAGGAUGCAUACAAUCUAAGCAAAUCAGUAUUUACACUAUCAUUCCAUAAAUAUGAGCCUGGGUUCUAUCCAGGUACUGGUAGCAUUGAUGAUGUAGGCUCAUUGACUGGUCAGGGAUACACAUGCAACUUCCCACUGCAUGCUUCUUACUCCGAUGAUACUUUGGAAUAUGCCUUCCAGGAAGUGUUUUCGGCUGUAUACUCCCAGUUUGGCCCCGAGUCCAUAGUGGUACAAUGCGGGGCGGACGCGUUGGCUAGAGAUCCAAAUGGUGGUGCCGCGCUCACAGCGCGCGCUUACUGCACCUGCAUCAAGAUGGUGCUUGACAAACGGAAGCCGACGAUCCUACUCGGAGGAGGAGGGUACAAUUACACUAACGCGGCACGACUUUGGUCAUCCAUCACAGCUCUAGUCGCAGGUGUAAAAUUAGAUGAUAAUAUUCCUGAACAUAGCAAUUGGACAAAAUAUGGACCCGAUUAUAUGUUACAUGUAGAAACUACUUUAGCUAGAGAUAUUAAUAAACCUAGUUAUGUAGAAACCUGCAUCAAUACUAUCAAAGACAAUUUAAAGAAAUACUUAGAAAACACAAUAGACCGAUCAAGACUGAAAAGAAAAACAAAUAAACCAGAUACUGAAAAAUUACAAGGAACCAAAGAUUUGAUUCCAAAGUAUAGAAUAAUUAAUGAAUCUAAUACUACGAGUACUACUGAUACUGAGAAAGAUGAUGUUACGCACGAAGUACUCACUAAAAGUAACCAAGUAUCACAGUCUAAAGAUGUCUACGAUUUUGUAGACUAAAAUAAUAGAAUAUUAAAGAUAAUUCAUAUAUUGCACGUGUUUUAUUUCUUGUUUUCUUGUCUCGAAUGUGUUAAUAUUUUAAACAUGAAAUACCGCUUUAUUUCCACAAUUUUUUCAAUGUCAGUAAUGUAUUCCUGUCAAAGGAGGACUAAUAUCUUCAGCAGUAAGAACUAUGAAACAUUCUAUAUUUCAAUAGUUAUCAAAAAAUUAUUAUCAUUAAUUGUACAAAAUCUAAUUAUUAAAGAGUAAACUAGAAGGGUAUUUUUCUUAUAUUCAAAUAGGCUUCACAAGAUUAAUUAAUACAGAAUGUUAUAGGUAUGUAAAUGUACAGGAAACUAUUGAUUUCUAUUGCAGAUAAAUAGUAAGAUAUUUCGAAAUAUAUUCUUAUAACAUGCCAUUGAAAGCACAAUCACUACAUACAUAUGAAAAUAACAACCAAUAAUAAAAGAAGUCAGCUGAAAGACUUUAAGGAGAGCAUUCCAUAUUUAAUACUUCUACCGAAUAUAAUACAAUAGGUAUUAUUAUAGAUAAAUUUAAAAAAAAUGUUUACUUAAAUAAAAAAUAUUUGUAAUAAGUACAUGAAUUAUGAAUUGUAAUUUUAAAAUAUUGUUCUUCACUUAAUAUUAAUUUAUUUAAUGUACCUAUACACAGCUGUAAUAUAAUAUAAAAACUAGUAUAGUAGCACAAAAUAAAUAGUGGGCUAUCACACAAUUAUAAUUUACACCAACUCGAUAUUAAUUAUAUGUUGUAAUCAUUACUUUUACUUGUGCAUAGGUUUAUAAGGAUACCACAAGCAUCAUAUGUAUGCAAUGUAUAUAGUAUGUAGUAGUCUGGCUGAUAUCAUUUUAUAACAUUAGUAGUUUUAUUAGUUCUAUUUAAAAGAAAUAUUUACUGAACCUACUACCUCAUGAUAGUUAAAAAACAUUGCCAGAAUUACUAAUUCAGUACUGUAAAACUUUAGAGGUUACUUAAGUGUCAUAGAAAUGUAUCAAAAUAAAUAAAGGGUUUUUUUAUUAUCUCGAUAUGUGUAUUGUUUAUUAUCAUCUAGUUUCAGAAACAUUAAGUCAUAUGUAUAAAAUAUAAAUUAAUAGAAAACAACACCAAUAUCGAAAAAUAAAUAAUUUAUGACAUCCCAGGAUUACCCCACCCAGACAAGAUUGUUGGGUAAAUGGUAGAUAAGAGUACAUUAGACUGUGUAAUAAUAUAAUAUAUUAGCAAGUGAAUAA